AUGGCGGAGGUAACCGUGAAAGACCCGGCUUACGGAGGCCAAGAACUGACCAUUUCAAGCCUGCUGUUUUCGCCCUACUCCUUUUUCGUCACCAUAGACGUGCCCAAACGCAAGGCCGUCAUGGCUCUGAUUAGCAAAGGAGGGGGAACAAUCGUUUCCAGACCGUCAAACACCACGCCAAUCGACUACUGGCUCGUUCCCGAUUACUUCGAAGGAAACACACGUCUUGGAGCCAAGCGCGUCUCCAUUGUCUUGGACAGUGCAAGACAGGGACAGUUUCCCCCAUUACGCGACUCUGGAGGCGAAGAUUACUACUCGCCGUUCGCCAAGACCAAGAAAGCGCGAACCGAGUAUACCGACGGAGAAGUGCGGUUCCUUACAGCUUAUAUCGACAUGCACGUUGGAAAGCCACCUCUGGGUAAGUCAGAUCUCAGAUAUCUGUUCGAACUUAUGAACCACAAACAUACCGAAGAGAGUAUCAGAUCGAAACUCAAACAGCUGGAAAAGUUCCCAGUGAAUCUGGAACGGACGAAGCCGGUGAGCUACCAGGCUCCUGUUGUUGAGAACGACCUCGUCGCGAAGAAGACAACUGAAACACCUAUUCCAGGUACUCGCUUUCCUGAUGUUCUUCUAAAUUCGAUCCCUGCAGCCAAGAGAACCUCAGCGGACACGGUGCUGGCGACUCCAGUUCCGGUUAAACCGCUUGCUAUGUCUACGCAAUUACCCGAUACAACUAUGGAAGUGCCAGAUACACCAAUACCUUCUAAAAAUACGCAUGGUAAGACGAAACAGGGAAACACCCAGGUGCCUGGUACACCUGAGACGAAGAAAGGGACGUUUAUUUCACCCCAAAAGUUAUCGCCGAAGUCGGCUCAAUCGUCUCAGUCAUCUAAUCAAGUUCCUGACACGCCUGCCAAGUCAGAGCAGCCCGCUCCUGCAACAGAAGCGGCUCAGAACGCUACUACCGUCGGUUUACACAAAAAUCCUGCAAUCACAGAGGUCCCAGCUACUCCUGCUGGUCCAGAUAUACAGGUCGAGGACUCUACUACGGCUACCCAGUCUUCAAAGCGCAGCAAGAGCCCGUCCAAAAGCCCUUCCAGGGCGUCCGAGUCGCCGUCAGCUUCCAGCAAGCAGCUAACACUUCCUUUCCAGAGCAUUUCUGGGCCAAUCUCUUCCACAGCCAGUUCAUCUGACUCUGAACCGCUGGUCAUGAGAUUCUCACCGAAAAAGAACCGGAAGAAGACCAAAGAACCACUCUACGCACAGGCUCAGUCUGUGGACAACUCUUCUACUCCCUCUUCCACUCGCUUCACAUCGUCUCAGAUGGUGCCUGACUCCCAACAGUCAAUGUCAAGCACUCCCCUCAAGUUUGACACUACAGCAAGAGACUCCAGUGGGAUCACCGAAAGCCAGAUUUACUCUGCUGCGUUGACUGUUCCCCCUGGAUCUUCUGAGUUGACCGUGGAUGAAAGUAGCGGCAGUUUGGAACACAUAGCAACAGUUCGACUGUCAUCAGUGUCACGGGAGUCCAAGUGGUCACGUGACUCAUCCAUGUCUGUGGAUUCCAACGGCUUGGAUAUUUAUUCACAAGGCUCGCAAGUCAGCCAGGCAGGACGACGGACACGUGCUUCUCGAUCUCUAGCCGCGAGUGAUCUUCCUCCUCCUGCUGUUCAGACUGGAAGCUGUGUGCUUUUCCCGCGCAAAUUUAUCACCAAGUACUCUCAUCAUCCCAUUCGUGGUGUGUUCUACGGCAUUGAGAAAGUGAGUAGCCAACAGACUGACACUUCUCAGGGGGCGACACGGCAAAUUGAAAUGACUCAGGUGGAGGCACGGCAGAUGGUGAGAGUGGAGGAUGAAGGGGUUGUUGCUAAGGCGAUUUCUUCGCAAUCGUCUUCUUCUUUUGCCGAGGACAGUCAUCUCUUCGUGCAAGAAGAUAGCGAUGGGGCUGAGAAGGAGGAGAAGGAAAAGGAGAAGGAGGGUGACAGUGAUGAGGAAGAAGGGGAGGCGAAUGAGAUGGAGGAAGGCGAUGGACAGAAGGGUGAUGAUGAGGAGGAGGAAGAAAUCGUGCAGGUUCUCGAUACUCAAGAGAACCAUAUUCUCAGAGACGCCCAGCUUACUGCUGACAGCUACGACGACGUUUCAUCGGUGCCUGACAGUCAGGCGAGUGUGAUUAAACGGCCCAGUGCUUUCAGAGAGUCCCCGGUUCCCGCCAAGCGGCGUUAUCUGGACUCUUCGUUAGAUUUGGAUGUUUCGGUGCCUUCUCUCCCUUCGAUAAAUAACAUCAGGGCUCGAUUGAAGGAAUUAUCGGACAGAGUUUCCAGUGAGGGUCAUAGAGAGGACGUUAUUGGCUCCCAGGCUGAAAAGCGGGUUUCCUGGUCUUCUCUGGGUAGACAGGUUGCUGUUUUGGAGCUCGACAGUGACGGUGACGUUGUGGAGGAGAGUUUCAUUGAGGGGCAGGUGGAAGGGAUAAAAGAGGUGGAGGAGGUGGAGGCUGAGGAGGUGGAGGACGAAUCUCCGAAGGAUGACGAUGUGGAUGAGGCAGCUGCGGAAGAACAUGUUGACAUGCCCAAAGAGCAUGCCAGUAUUAUUUAUGAGGAUGCCCAACGUCGACCAUCCAGUUCUCAGCUGGAUGAAUCUUUAGGCUUGGUGUCACAGAGGGACGUGGUGGUUGUUGAAGAGCUGGAGGUGGAGGCGGAAGAGGAACAGGAGAUCGCGUCAGAUGGGUCCAAAAAAGAGUCCGAGGACCCCAUGCAGCCCGCAGAGCUGCCCCGGUCAGAUUCCGCUCCCCAAAUCUCUGAGAUUCAUUUCGACGCUGUCGACAGAUUCCAGUCUUUGCUGCCCAACGACGUGAUCGAUGAGCUCUUGGAGAGUUACGAGCCGGAAGAAGAGUAUCCCUCGGAGAAGUUCCAGGUUCUCGCUGUUCCCAUUCGAAAAGACCUUACGAGUGUUGAUCUGGACCCUUCGUUCUCUGUUCUUGACUUCCCCUUCGAGGAAAUCUCAUUCGAUGAUAUCAGAGAUGACCUGGACUAUGGAGAAGAAGAGGGCCUGUCUCAAAAAGAGCCUAUGAUCGAUAGUUCUGGUAUCCGCCCUGCUGUGGAAUGCGUGGGUCUGUUUCUGCAGAGUGGUGUUGAAGAAUAUCUGUGUUCAAUUCAAGGCCACAAUCCUAGUGUUUCUGCUGUCUUUGUCAUUGCUCUUUGCAUGAGUCGUCAAGUCACGGAACACACCACUUUGGAGGAGGUUGAGAAAAUGGACUUUCGGUUCCCUCGUCAUGUCAAGUUCUUUUCUCCAAAGGACGAUCAAGUGAUUGCUAACUACACUUCAAAGGGACCUUCCGACGAGGGUAAGUUUUCCACGCUAAAAAGGCGACAUUUCAUCGAUGACAUUCUUAGACGAAGCGAAUACUUGAAGGCAGUAUCACUUGCUUUGGAAACAGAGGAGACUGGUGCCGAGGGCGAGAAUGAAGGUGAGGUCCUCGCUGGUAGCUCUGCUGAUCGUUCUGACCGCAUUCCCCAAGAUGUUAAGAUGGAGCUAUUCGAUGUAUUUGAAGUGCCUCGCGACUACAAUCCACCCGCCCAUCGUUCACCUGAACCAAGCAGCCAGGCAUACAAGAUUGACAGCAGUACUACAGAGCCUUCUCUGGAAGAACGAAGAUUAGCCAUGGAGGAGAAGAUUCGACAGCUGCGUGCGAAGAAGAAGGCCAAGAAGGCUCGACGGGAGAAGCGCGAGUCCCUGCGUUUUGAGAAGGAGUCACCUGAAGUCAAGGAGGAUGGGCAGCCCAAGAAGAAACGUCGAAGAAAGGACGACAAGGAGGAUAAGGAGGACGACAAGGAGAAGAAGAAGCGUCGAAAGUCCAAGAAGUCUGAGAAGGCUGUGGCUACGGUCGAAUCCGAGGUGGUGGGUUUGGUGGCCGAGUCUCCUGAUCUCGUUGAGAAGGGGUUUUCUCAACCACUAGUCACGGAGACACCGAAACGUAAAUCUGGGCGGCCCAAGGACGAAUCUGUACCCUCACAGCGGGCUCUUGAGCGCCACACGAAACCCAGGACUCGAGCGACGACAGACACCGAAACAGUAAUCCCUGAAACGCCCCAAACUGCGCCUACCCCUAAGAGACGAGGCCGACCAUCUCAUCCAGCUGCCGGACGGGCCAUUUCUCAAUCUCCUGUGUCUGAAGCAACUACCCUCACCAGGAGAAGGUCAGGUCGGCCUAAGAAGACGGCUAACAAAGAAGGACACGCAGGAUUGCUUCAGUGA